UUUGGAGGCCUCUUUUCCGGCGGCCAUAGCGGAAUCAACGGCAGGCAGCCAUCAUGAAGCUGAACCCGUUUGUAACAUCCUCACGGCGUAAGAACCGAAAGAGGCAUUUCAAUGCCCCUUCACACAUCCGCAGGAAGAUCAUGUCUUCCCCCCUCUCCAAAGAACUUCGCCAGAAGUACAAUGUGAGAUCCAUGCCCAUCCGCAAGGAUGAUGAGGUCCAGGUUGUCCGUGGACACUACAAAGGCCAGCAGAUUGGCAAAGUCGUGCAGGUCUACAGGAAGAAGUACGUCAUCUACAUCGAGCGUGUGCAGCGUGAGAAGGCCAACGGUACCACAGUACAUGUUGGUAUCCACCCCAGCAAGGUUGUGAUCACCAGGCUAAAGCUCGAUAAGGAUCGCAAGAAGAUCCUGGAGCGCAAAGCCAAGUCUCGACAGGACGGCAAGGAGAAGGGAAAAUACAAGGAGGAGACUAUUGAGAAAAUGCAGGAGUAAAAAAUACUUUUUGCUAACAAUAAAGGACUGUAAAAAAAAAAAAAAA